AUGAUCAAACUACGAGGCAGCUGCCACGCUUGUGCCGUCUCCAAGCUCAAAUGCAGCCAGGACAAACCAACCUGUGUGCGCUGUGCAAAGAGAGGAACAGCGUGUCAGUAUCUGGCUAGCAAGCGUGCAGGCCGCAAGCAUGGCAGUCGGGCAAGCAGCGUAAGGAACCCUCUGAGGACGAACCGCAAUGCAGACCCCGCCGGACGAGACGGCGGAGGGGAUGUUCUAGCGGCUCCAAUGCAGUUUAUGCAGUAUGCUCUCCAGCAGGACCGCAAUCUCGAAGGUCUUCAGGAGCAGGACGAUCCGAAAUCGACUUGUCAUGACAGCUUGUCCAGUGCCAAAUCGUCCUCCGCUCCCACAGCCUCCGUCACUAGUCCAUUGAGCUUCCCUGUCGAUUUAGACAGCUUUCUGGGGUCGCCUAUGUCCUUGUCGCUGCUUGAUGGACCGGAGCCACAGUAUUUCGGAGCUUCUGAAAUCGAUAUCCGGGAUUUUGGUCGGUUCUUCGAUCCGGAUUCGUGUUUGAUAUCAGACAAUCUGCACGCUGCGGCUCAUGAUGAGCGGCGUGUCACCAAACCUCCUACGCCGGAUGCUCUGAUCCCUCCUCCCAGUGGGUUUUUUUCUGAUUCCGAUACGUUUGCCCAACGGUUCCAGAAUUCCCCCAAAUCCGAUGCGUCUUACCUGCAGUGCUUUUGUCUAGUCCGCUCGCUAGGAGUGCUGAAGGAUCUCUUCCCUACUUCCUUAGAGGGUUGCACGACUGCCAGCCUAGACGAUCAGGAGAGCGCCAAUCAAAUUCCGACCAUCCAGGAAGUAAUCACCAAGAACGAGCAAGCCAUCUGGGAAAUUAGUCAGCUCUUGGAAUGUGACUGCUCACAGGACGGCUACAUACUCAUGGUGCUGACUUUAGCGGCGCUGAAGGUGCUGGCUUGGUACAGGGCUGCAGCAGCGCAGGACCCGCCGCUAUUCGAGGACCGUCAGCACUGGGGCAGACGACCACCCCCAGAGCAGGUAGUACGAGCCCCCGCUGUGAUCCGAAAUUAUCACGUAGAUGGCGAAGAUCAGGGACGGAUGGCUGCACAACUAGUUCUGAGUGAACUACACGGGGUGCAGCGAUUGGUAAACACCCUCUACCAACGUCUCAAGGAACAGGGAAUGCGAGAUGUUCAGCUUGCCACCCCAGAAGAUAUUACCGCAGAGGGACGCGAUUUCUUGUCAGAGAGAGCAGAUCCCUCGCCUGUGCCCGUCAGCCUCUUAGAUAGAUUGGCGACAGACCUUCGAACCGGUCUACGCAGCCUGUCUGCCGAGAUAGUCGGUGCACUCCGUCGGGGCUGA